GGGAAAAAAAACAGUCACUUUCUUCUUUUGAAAAAAAGAGAAGCUUCUGUGCAGUGAUCUCCGCUUCCCCUUCCCGCUCCAAAAACACAGGGUUAGAUUAUUUUAUUUUAUUUUUGCAAAAACUUAAAAAAAAGUGAGUGGUUUUUUGAAUUGAGGAGGGACCCGGGUCUGUCAUGAUGGACUGUGCCGUCAAUGCACAAAGCUUGAUUACCAUCUCUCUCCGCAAGAUUCACAAUUCCAGGACCCAGCGAGGAGGAAUCAAGCUUCACAAGAACUUGCUGGUCUCCUAUGUGCUGCGGAACGCCAGGCAAGUCUACAUGAGCGAGAAAUACGCCGAGAUCUACGGCGUGCACCGGUACGAGGAGGCACAAGUGGCCGAGGGGAUGGUGGAGGGGAGCGGCGGGCAGGAGGGGACAGUUUGCAGCCCCCUGGAUCCCCAGCUCAGUAAGGAAGCCGAGCCUGAAGCCCCCCUCUACCCGGGCAGCAGCUACGAGCCCUCGGCAGGAGUUGGUGGUCACUGCAGCCAGACCACGGUGCUGGACCUGGACACUCAGACGGUGACCACGGUGGAGAACGGCUUCCUCCAGGAUUGCGCCUGUUGUUGCGCCGGUGGCGGGGGCAGGAAGCGCAAGUCGGACUCGAGCGGGGGCUCGGAGCCCGGUGAAGCCGAGGACUUCUCGCCGGUCAAGCGGCUCCGGCUGGAGGAGCACUGGGGCUCCUCCGGACACUGGCAGUCCGGCCAGAGCUGGGACUGCACGGACCCUUCCAACAUCUCCAACCUCAUCUCCAUCUUCGGCUCGGGCUUGGUGAGCCGGGCGGACUCGGAGCAAUUACUCCAGGCAGAAGUCAAACAGAACGGACAAUGGUGCAGCAAACAAGCGCUGGCCAGUUUAGGGGCAUGGACACGGGCUAUUGUAGCUUUCUGAGAGUCUGU